ACUUGUUUUGCUAACAUUGAUUAACAUUUUUUGUUAUUGUUAAACAGCAUUAAUUUCUCGCUCCGAUUUGUAGUUAAUAAUAAAAAUGAGUGCAAAAAGUAAAUCGUUCAAGAACCCCAAAGCGUCAAAAACAAUUCGGAACGUUCUGGUUCAGCCGUUCAAGACAAAAUGGCCUCUUGUCAAUGAAAACGAUGCUAAACGUGUUACCAAAUUCCUGGAAGAAGUACCUCGAGACCACGUCGUGGUCGGUACAAACGCCGCUCUCGAGCUACUCCACACGGCGAAAGCGUGCGCCCUCUUCCUCACGUCCGACUUUCAUCCCCAUAUCUUGGGCAAGCAAAUCAUCCGAAUGGCCCGGCGCAACCUUUCAACGGUAAAAAUUCUUGCCAUUCCCGGUUUAAAAUGGGACGACAACCUGCAGAAAAUGAUCGCCAUCAGAAGCGGCGACCAGAGGGUGGACUCACUUUUGCAGGCGAUGGAGGAAAUUAUCAAGGCGAAUGACUUUGAGGAUGACUUGUGCGCAUCGACGGUUUCGAUCAAGAAGGAUGAGUUGAGGAAGCGGAAAGUUGCUACUAAAAUGGGCCCUGAAGAGAUUUCUAGGUUGUACCUCACCCGUUCGGAAUCGAACCAACGUGCGUUUAUUCCCAGAAUUUCAUGCUACGCGACUAAAUCGAAGGUUGGCGACGCCAAGACUGAUUGGGGCGAAUUUAUUUCUUUCAACAAAUCAACUCCAGAAUCUAUGGAGUUUGAGAGUGAAGAGGAAGAGCUAGAACAGAAAGUGAACAUUGCGGGCAAGCUGAACGCGAAGAGUAACGAAAGUCUAAGAAAGCAAAGUGGUCCUUACAUUGGACUGACUGUGAACCGAAUUCAAGGUAAUCCAAACAGGAGGAAGAAUCCCAAAAUGAAGAAAAUAAAAUAA